AUGUUGGCACGCCUAUCUGCGUCGCUGCAAGGACUGCUGGCGUCGGUGGUGGGCGGAGGAGAGAGGGUUAUCUGGCUGCCCACGGGCUGCCUGCAUCUGCUAGAGGCCAUAUACACGGCCCGCCCCCACGCCACGGUCAUCGCUGCGGACUUCUCUCUGCUCCCUGACGUGCGAAUCCCAGGCGCCAACGCGCCCCUGGUUGCGGCCAAGCUCACCCAUGCCACUGUGACUGCUGCCGACUUCUCUCUGCUCCCGGACGUGCAAAUCCCAGGGGCCAACACGCCCCUCGUGGCCGCCAAGCUAGCCGCCAACACCAUGGCCGCCGAGUACCCUCCUCCUGAAAGCAACCCGCCGUAUGCCGGCGGUCCGCCGCCGACUGACUACGCGCCGCCGCCAGCCUACCCACCGACGGGCGCAAACGCUCCUCCGCCUGCGGGCUACGUGGACGUCGAGGCGGGCGGCGGCGCGGGAAAACCGCCCGCCGCGACUGGCGGCGGCUCGGGUGGGGCGUCGAGGAUGUCGACGUUCAUCGGCAUCGGCCUGCGAAUCGCCGAGCUGCUCUUCUGCAUGAUAUCGUUCUCCCUGCUCGUGUCCACCAAGUACGACUACACGAAGCUCAGUUCGGGCGCGUUUCUGCUCGCCAUGACCAUCAUCGGCUUCAUUCUCUCCUUCUUCCUCCUCGUGAUUCUCGUCGCGUCGCUCUUCGUCUCCGCGCUCCGCCCCUUCCAGGUCAAGCUGCGCCUCUUCCAAGUCGUCGAGAACUGGCUGCUCUCGCUGCUCCUCUUCGCGGCGGCGUGCACGGCGGGCGCGCAGGCGUCGGGCUGUGUCAACACGGAGGGAGGUACCUACUGGGGCGUCCACAUUCCUGGCAACAAUGACUGCGGGCUGGUCAAGGGAUCCGUGGCCAUGGCCUUCCUUGCCUCCUUUGCCUACAUUGGCGGACUCUGGUACUACGCACUCAUCUCAUACCGCAGGCGAUAA